AUGAGUUUUGUGACAGUCCAGUCUGUGAACAUCAUGACAGGCAUCAUGUUACUGAGUCUCCUCUUUAUUCCAAACUCUUUGGCUGCUUGUCCUGAUUCUGCAAACCUGUUCAUCACUGCACCAACAGAGAUGGAAGCUCUGAGUGGAUCUUGUUUACAAAUCCCAUGUAACUUUAAUGAUGCUGGACCAGUAAAGUUUGACAGCACACAACCUGUCUUUGCAGUGUGGAUUAAAAGUCAUUUUAAACUUUAUCCAGAAAACGUGAUCUUCAACAGCAGUGGGACAGUUAACAUCUAUCCAAUGAAUAUUACAGGAAACCUGAAGGAGAAAAGCUGCACCACUCUGUUUUCCAAUUUAAUCACAAAUUAUACAAACACAUACUACUUCAGAAUUAUGAACUGGCCAUUCAGAUCAACAGCUUUUUGUGAACCUGUUCAAAUAACAAUUAAAGAUUCUCCUUGGAGGCCCGAUAUUGCAAUCCCAGGUGAUCUGAAGGAGAAGGAGUCUGUCACUAUAACCUGCUCAGCUCUCACUCCCUGUCCACACUCCCCUCCUCAACUCACCUGGAAUCUCCAACAAGACUCUCCUAACGAAAUAGAGGAAAACACAGAUGGAAGCUUUACAACUAAAAUCCAGCAAACAAUCACUCUGUCAGACACACAUGAUGGAAAGAAGAUCAGCUGCUCUGCCAGAUAUCCUGUGAACCAAGGAAAUGACAUCAAGACAGCAGAGACAGAAGAGACUCUCAGUGUUUCAUAUGCUCCUAAAAACACCUCCGCAUCCAUCAGUCCAUCAGGUUUGGUGUCAGCAGACAGCUGGGUGAACCUGACCUGCUCCAGCAGAGCCAAACCUCCAGUCAGCAGCUUCACCUGGUUCAAGAAGAGCAGAGAUGGAGCUGUGAAAGUAUCUGAAGGAGAGAUUUACAGCUUCAGUGUAACAGAUGGAGGAGUUUAUUACUGUGUGGCCACUAAUGAUCUGGGUAAUCAGACAUCAGCAGAGAUUCGUGUGUCUGUUACAGAUGAACAGUCAGGAAAACUGUUCGGUGUCUGCAUUGUAGUGAAGACUGUGGGAAUCAUACUGCUUGUGAGCACACUGGUCUUAUUUGAGUGGAAUGGACUGGGUUGCUGUGUUACGGUGGCCGGUCCAUCUGCAAAUGACCCGUCGCACCCCAAGAUCAGGCAACAGGUCCGCCCACAGUUCAACAGGCGCCUGCUAUUGUCCGCCCAGUCCACAGUGGAUUAA